GCAGGGUGGGGAUUCACACUGUCACAGUCGAGAAGAAGCCUUAUCUUCCUCGGUUAAUCCGAUCGCCCAUCUGACUAUCAGAGUCUCACUAUGAAAUCCGAACAUUUUCUCUCUUCCGCUAGCCCUGAGCUUCUCAGUCGAAAACCCUCCUCUUAAUUCCCCCCCACUUCAGAAAAUGGCCUCCCCAAUAGCUUACUCCCAAAUCGACGAUAAGGACCUCGACGACGCCGCUUUGUGGGCUGUCAUUGAUUCCGCCACUGCCUCCCGUUCCACAACCAAGUGCAAAUCCCUUGCCAUCAAAUAUAAUAAUACCACAUCCCCAUCUCCGAUCUCAAAACCCUUGCCACCGACCAAGUUCCAGAGAAUCUCGAGGGAUUCCCCUUCAGCUUCCAUCGAAUCCAAGGCUACAGGCGACGGUGAAGUGGAUCAUGAGCCUUGGUCGUACCGGCCUCCUAGGAAGUUUGCAAGGAUUUGUCCUUCAGAGACGAGCGAGAGUAGUCCACUGGCUCUGGUGAAUAAUGGGCAGCGAACGCCAUCGGCAGCAGCUUUUUAUUCGUCACGGGAGGCGCAUCUGUCGCCUGAGAUAGGGAGGCUUCGAGUGAAAGAGAUUAGUCCUUAUACAGAGGUCUCUCCAGGGUACAAUGACAGGAGCGAGGAGAGGGAGAUCACGAUGUAUGGAUUUUCUGGGAAGUUCCCUUCAGUUUCAUUGUUCAAGGAAUACCAAAAUACAGCCAUGGCGAUUUUGGAGAAGACUGAUUAUACAUUGAUUUCGGGGAAGCCUUUCAUAAAAAAGUCAGGUUGGAGGAAGAUAUCUUGCUUCUUCAAUAUUUCUUUUGAAAUUAGAGACAAGAAUAUUGAGUUUGAUGAGAAUCGUAAUGUUCAGCGCGCUGAGUUUGUGGUUCGGGCAUACAUGCAGGGAGGCAGGUUCUCAGAUGGAUGGGGCUCUUGUGAGCGGCGUGAGAAGAGAUUUCAGAAACCGAAUCAUGACGUACCUAGCACAGCAGAGACGAGAGCCAAAAACAAAGCAUGUCAAAACUGACGUGGAAGAUGGUAGACAAUGUGAUUUGUUGUCAAAAUCAUAGCCGGAGCUGGACGCUUCUGACUUCACCACCACAUUCAUUUUCAUUUUCACCGCCGCCUCUGCUUCGUCGGCCUUUUCUCUCGAUGGAGGAGUCACAAAGUUUGUCAAUGGGUCUGGUCCAUGAAUCUUAAUCGCUGCAUUAUCAUAAACCAUAACCUUAAAGCACCCAACUCUAGCGAUAAAGGCAAAGGCAGCUUGGAGGGACUUGCAGUCAUGGAUAGGGCCCAACUAGUUGAGGCAAGUGUCAUCAUGUGUCACGGCGGCGCUCACCCAAAUCUGGGCAUCGCUCAUCUACAUGCAGGAUGAGGACUUGCAAAGGUGCUUGAGCUCGUGGAGGCUCUUGGACACUAGCCACCACCCACGACGUCUCCCCCCCCUCUCUCUUUCCCCUCUCUCUCCAUGGCAUCUCUCUUUCCAUGCAGCUGAACUGUCGAGGUCGUGGGUGGUAGGAGAGGUGUGCUGGGACUUUUUUCUAGCAAGGGGGUAUUUUGAUAUUUUUAUUAUUUUAAAUACAUAAAUUAUUAAAAUUAUAUCGGAUUCCAUACUUAUAUCAAACAAACUUUUAUAAUUCAAUUCAAUUUCAAUUUUAAUUUCAAUUUUAAUUCUAUUAAAAAAUUUUUCAUUAUAACAAAUGAGACUUAAAUACUUCAAAUGAGUUAAAUAGCAGUCCAUAUAAUCUUAAAUUUACUUGUACUUCAUAUUGCUACAUGGUCAUGUGGCCAGCCAAUAUAUGCCAAGUGUCUAACCUCGGAUCAUCUAAUAAAACUUGCUUGUGCCAUUAAAGCAACGACGAUUUUACACCCAAAAAAAAAAAAAAGUUUCUUCAUAUUCAUGUUCCCGUUACUUUAAACUUUAUUAGCAACAAAUCCACUUUCUCCACUGUGUGCCGCUUGUUAAAAUGACUCUUUUUUAUUAAAAACAAAAACAAAAACGAAAACCCCUUAACUUACUCUCUCUAUUAUGCCUGCCUUGAAAGUUUCAUGUUCGCACGGGCCAAAUUCAAAUGCUAACUUAUUUUACUAAUUUCUGGUUCAAUU